CUGACUUGAACAUAAAAAAGAACAGAAACGACGGCAGGGGGCGCUCGUGCCUCCGAGCCAACGCGGCCUUGCCCUUAGGCGCCUGCGCAAAAGCUCCUGGCGGACUCGUCCAGGUGGGAGGAGUCUAUGCGCGGCCGGCGGGCGAGAACAUACCAUAGAGCUGAGCGUCCUCGGGAUCCAGCACUUCCGGCCGGCCGAGGGAGUUUUGCUACCGGGUCACGGUGGUGACAGAAAGUGGCGGGGAGAUGCCGGAGAUCGCAAUCCGACAUGUGGUGUCUGCCAGCAGCUCCGACCCGGUGAGGGCGAAGCCGCCUUUCUAAAGAGGACGCUCCGUGGCCGAGGGACGGGAGGGAGGUUCCGUUAUUUCCCCUCGGCGGUUGGGCGCAACCACUCAUAACUAGGAUGGGGGUGGUCGGGGGGAGUUGGGUUUUGAUUGGUGGAGCCUGGAAGAGCCCAUUCUGGAGGGGGGGAGAGGUGGGUGAUAAAUUAAGGGAUAGGAGACCAGAGGAGAUUUUUGAGUGAGGCCAUAUGUAGGGUGAAGUGAUAGGGUGGGGAGUGAUAGAGAGGACAACACACCAUACAUUUAAAGCGCAGACCCAAGAGUCCUGGGAACUGUAGCUUGUGCAGGGUGCUGGGAAUUAUAGCUCUUUGUGAAGCAAACAAGAGUUCCAGUGGAGGGGAUGGGGAGAACAGCUGUGUACACGCCAUACACUUUAAAGCACACAUACGGACAUCCAAGGGUCCUGGGAACUGUCGUUUGUACUGGGAAUUGUGGCUCUGUAUGGGGCAAAAUAUACAGUUUGUAGGAUUCUUGGGAGUGAGAGGAGCGGAUUGUGUUUUAAAUGUACAGUGUGUGUGCAGCUGAAGAAAUCACAGUGCGGAUGACGUGGGCAAGUCAUUCCUGCUCUAGAUGAGAGAUUCUUUCCUGCCCCUUCUUUUUUACCCUUCUCAUCUCAUCUCUCUCCUCGCCCCAGACGCACUGUGCUGAGAACCUGCUUAAGGCCGACACCUAUCGCAAGUGGAAGGCCGCACAGGCUGGGGAGAAGCACAUCUCUGCCAUACUACAGGUGAGUUUUUGUUAACCUGAGCAUUUGAAAUCUGCCUCAACUCUUCCACCUGCACUUUGCAGGACUGUUAGGAGUGUAAACGGGGCGAGAAGCGUGUGAUACAGUUUCUUUGGGGCUAAAAUACCUGGGAUUGGCUUGUACUUAAACAGCUGCAGUUCUUUCUUUGCUACGCAAAUACCUUACUUGGAAGGAAGCUAAACUGAAUCAGGUUGUAGGCUUAGAUAACAGCUGUCUUGAUUUUGUAGAGAGUGACAGCUGGACAGGAUGUUGGCAUGGUGAUGGAGCUUUCUGGUGGAAAUAUGUUCAUACACCCUUAUUUGUGCUAUUGUGUCUCCAAGUGAUUGCAGGCAAAGUAUCUACAUGGUGCCUAGAGAAUAACUUGUACCUAAAUAUUAGCAAGACAAAGGAGAUGGUGUUGGACUUUCGGAGGAAGAGAGGGGAACGAGCCCCAUUGUAUAUCGGGAGGGGGGUUGUGUGGAGAGAGUCUCUUCCUUUAAAUUCCUGCGAGUUUACCUUAGUAAAGACCUCACUUGGAAAAACAAUAUAACUCAGGUGGUUAGGAAGGCCCAACAGAGACUCCACUUCCUCAGGGUCUUGCGAAAGAACAAUGUUAAACAACAAUUGAUGACCUCCUUCUACCUGUCCACAAUAGAAAGUGUCCUCUCAUAUUGUAUCACAGUGUGGUACAUUGGCUUGACAGCCACGGACAAAAAGUCUUUACAGAGGGUAGUGAACACAGCACAUGAUAUCAUGGGCUGUCCCCUGAGCCCGCUAGAUGACAUUGCAAGGGAUCGUUGCCUUAGGAGAGUGAGAAAAAUUCUCAGGGAUGAUUCACACCCAGGUCAGCACCUCUUUAAUCUUCUACCCUUGGGCAGGAGAUAUAGAAGUAUUAUCAGUCAUACCAACAGGCUAAAAAACAGUUUCUAUCUAUAAGCUGUUAGGCUGCUGAACAGAAAAUAAUAUAGUGCAACUGACUUUCGGGUUUGGUGUGUUGUGCAACAAGCAUACAGAGUGUAAUGAGACUGAGUGUUUGGGGGUGGGGAAGGAGGCUCAGUUAAUUUCAUUGUACACAGGUUGUACAUUGACAAUAAAGGUGGUAUUAUUAUUAUUAUUAUUAUUAUUAUAUGUGGCUGUAGAGGGGAAAACGUACUGUGGGAACUGGCAGUAUUUGUAGCAUUGGCAAAUAACAAACUUCAUGCAUGUGUUUAGUUGCAAUUUGACUUAGGUUUGCUGUUGGCAUUUGGCUUACUGUGGUUGUAUUGCUUCAAAAAUGGUACUAUGUUGGCUUGGGUGUGCUCAAUGGAUUGCCAGGUCUUCAUGUCCACACUUCCCAUUGAGCUGCUUUUGCCACCCAUCUGUUCCUUUGGGGGGGAAGGGGAAGAAGCCCUGUUUUGGGAAGUCAUGCAAGCAGUCUUGAGAGGGCAACUCCAAAACCAGGCAGUAGAUUAGCAUCUCAUCUUUAUGUCAUAGCUUGGUGGAUCACUUGCAGUCGGAAGUCUGAAUGCAGCCCAGCAGCUGUACAUUGUGACCACCAGUGGUUGACACCCCCACUGCCAUAUUUCCCACAACAAAAAUAGGAAGUGUGACAGGCCUUCAGUGAGAAAGCCACAGCCCUUUGGUAGGGCAUAUUGUUUUCAUGCUGAAGGUUCCAAGUUCAAUCCCUAUUCACUGUGCCUAGAAGGAUCUUGGGCACCAGCACUGGGAAGGGAAGGAUUCUGUGUGAGAGCUUGGAGAGUCACUGCCAGUUAGAGUAGACAGUUCUCUGGUGUAAGACAGCCUCCCCGCAACCCUGUUUCUUCCAGAUGCUUUGGUCUACAACUCCCAUCAGCCCUAGCUAGCACAGCUCUGUUGGCUGAAAUUAAUGGGAGUUGCAAUCCCAAAACAUCCAAAGGGCACCGGGUUGGGGAAGGCUGAUAUAAGAUUUGAUUUGGUAUGAGGUGAGUGUAUGUGCAUGCAUACAUACAUAUUGGCAAUCAUGCAUGAAUGGGACACUGUGUUCAAUUUGUCAGAAACUUUAGAAGCUUGGGCUGAAAGUCAACAUUUCUGUGUGUUCCCUAACCCUUGGCUGAGGCUGUCGUGUCUCCCCACAGUUUGAGAAAGAGGAGCAGAUUCACAGCAUUGACAUUGGCAAUGAAGGCUCCGCAUUUGUUGAAGUAUUGGCUGGCAGCUCUGCCUCCUCCAGUGAGCAGAACUAUGAGGUGAGCGAGUGCCUGUGUGUGAGAGACUGUGGAAGGGCCUCAUUCCUCACCCAACCUGAAAGCAAGCUGUUUUUUAACACAAGGCUGGUGGUUUGGGGCUUUGCAGGAUCAGAGUUGUGUCCUCCUUGCAAUUUGUUUGGGCUGUCUCAUUUGGUUUAGAACACCCCCCCUACUGUUUUCCUAGUCUGUGGGGUUGAAGCAGUCUACUAAUGGGGGUCCAUUUCACAAAAGCUGGAAGUGGUACUUAAACCUAGUUAAAGAAAGCCCAAACCUAGAGAUAGUGGCAGUGGGGACCAGAGUCACAUAUGAGUGGCAGUCCAGCAGCGUAGACUAGCUGCCACUUGAAUGCAGCCACAUGCAAAACAAACAAUGUUAGACAAGUCAAAGAAAGUGCCAUAGAGACAUGGAGCAGCAUGUGGGUAGAGAGGAGCAUUUGGCAGUUUUCAUCAGAAGCCAUAAAUAUGACUCAAUGUUCCUCUCUAGUUCCCCACCACCACCUCCUACCUCUGUGAACCCAUUAGGCUGGCAUCUGUCAAGUUAGAGGCUAAAAUGCAAUCCCUUUAAGCCUGCAGUGCACCCUGACCUCCACCCCAGUCCUUUCCCUCUCACCUCAGGUGCUGCUGGUCACAUCCUCCUUCAUGUCCCCCUCGGAGAGCAAGAGCGGCACCAACCUCAACAGGGUUCGUAUGUUUGGACCAGAUAAGCUUGUGAAGGCCACAGCUGAGAGAAAGUGGGACCGGGUGAAAAUCAUCUGUACCCAGCCCUAUACCAAGGUUUGUGUGGAAGUACAAAUGAUACAGGAUAUAAGGGAUGCUGGCCAGUGUCAGGCCUGAGUUCCUGCAUUCAUUUCUCGGGUUCGGUAAGAGUCUUACUAGGCUUGCCUUCAUUAGCCUGAUACUCUCUAGCUACUUAGGAUUACAACAUGCCCUCAUCAGUUCUAACCAGCACGGCCAUGUUGACUGGAGCUGACAGGAGUUGUUGUAUGAAAUGCCUGGAGAAUACCAGGUUGGUGAAGGCUGUGCUAGCCAGUCACGGGUUAGUUACUAUCUCUCUCCACUGCCCAUCUGUGAAAUGGGUUUCAUUCUGGCCAGUAUUACAGGAGUGGUUUGAAACUGAGAAAGGGUAAAGUACUUUGCAUUCUGCAAUAGAAAUGAUUAUUGUAAUUGCUCAAAGAACAUUUAUGUUAUGGAGUUCUGUACAAAUGCCAAAAAUCAUAACAGCAACAGCAGCAUGAAAAGGCUGAUGGCUAGCAUCUCUACUAAUCUGGUGAACAGGAUGCAAAUUUUUAACUGCUUUAGGUAGUUAAUCUAUGGGUUCCCCAUCUAAAGAUGAGGUGAAAUCAGAGAACAUUAACGUGGGAUGGAAAUAACUAAAUUCUUGUAUAGGGAUAUUAUUUUGAGCAAAUUCCUGUUUAUGUUUACUCUGAAAUUCCAAUGAGUUGUGGAACUUCCAAGUAAGUGUGUAACAGCAUUACUUGGGCUAACCUCCAGCAAAAGAACAUGUAAACUCCAGAGUUGUGCAUAUUCUUGGCAUGAAAAAUAUAGUAUCAACUGUUUAUCAGGGUGAUUGUUUACAAGGGGAGCAAUUCCUGGUAGGUGGUGUCAGUCUGAUGUAUGCCUAACAUACCAGUAAGCAGGUUCUGUUGACUGAGAUGCCUUUGGACUCUGAGGAGUGUGUGAUGAUGAUAAGAGAGAGGUGCCGCCUGGGAGGAGGGGCCGACAAGUGCUUAGGACUGCCGGAUUGAUAAACCUGACUCCUUUACUUGAGUUUCUUGCUUUCCUUCUCAGUCCUUGACUUAUGGCCUCUCCUUUGUGAGAUUCCACUCUCCUCCAGAAAAUGACGAGGUUCAUUCCAAAACCGCUUCGCCAGUAAGUGCUCCAAUGACCUGAAUGUUGUCCCCUCUUUUGCUGCCAUUCCUUGGCUGAUUUGAAACCCUCGCUCUCUCCUUCCUGCUCUGUGUAUUCAGAAGCUCACCAAGCUGGGGCAGUUCAAGGUCAAGGAAGACGACAACGACUCCCUGAAGCCCGGCGCGCUUUUCUUCAGCCGUGCCAGCAAACCCCUCGUCUCUCCACCUAAAGGUAGCCACAGUACCUAUAGCAUAGGUGGGGAACUAUUUCCAACUCGAGGGCUGCAUUUCCCUUCUGGGCAGAUGUUCGAGGCCCAUAUGGGGGCAGAGAUGCAAAAGAGGAUGGGGCCCUGAAUAUAAGUCUUGUCUUUGUACAGUAGGCUAGUUUCUGCACACACUCCUCUAGCCUCCAUCCAAAUAAGGAAUACAGUGGUACCUCGGGUUAAGUACUUAAUUUGUUCCGGAGGUCCGUACUUAACCUGAAACUGUUCUUAACCUGAAGCACCACUUUAGCUAAUGGGGCCUCCUGCUGCCGCUGCGCCGCCGGAGCCCGAUUUCUGUUCUUAUCCUGAAGCAAAGUUCUUAACCUGAAGCACUAUUUCUGGGUUAGCGGAGUGUGUAACCUCAAGUGUAUGUAACCUGAAGCGUAUGUAACCCGAGGUACCACUGUACACAUUAUCAGAGGUCAAUUGCUCAAAACCACUCAGGGUCAGUGAGGGGUGCAGUCUGGGGAAAUGACUUGGUGGCAAAGGAAAGGUUAUGAGGCCAGAGAAGGCCACAGACCUGAGAGGCCCUAUGCUUGGUAUAUUGCUUCCAGCUGGCUAAUAAUGAGGGUUACUAGAUCAAGCCUUGGGUCCAUUGCAUCCAGUUUUCUGUUUCCCUCAGUGGCCAACCAGCUGCCUUUGAGAUGCUCGCAAGAAGGGCAUGAAAGCUACAGCACACUCUCACCAUCGCUCCUUGGGAUCUCGUAUUGAAUGGUAUCUGAAAGCCCUAAACGGCCUCAGCCCAGUCUACCUCAAGAAGCGUCUCCACCCCCAUUGUUCAGCCUGGACACAGGUCCAGCGCUGAGGGCCUUCUGGUGGUUCCCUCAGUGUGAGAAGUGAGGUUACAGGGAACCAGGCAGAGGGUCUUUUCGGUAGUGGCACCUACCCUGUGGAACGCCCUCCCAUCAGAUGUUAAGGAAAUAAACUACUAUCUGACUUUUAGAAGACAUCUGAAGGCAGCCCUGUAUUAGGAAGUUUUUAAUGUCUAAUGUUUUACAAUUUUUUAUGUGCUGUAAGCCGCCCAGAGUGGCUGGCGAAACCCAGCCAGAUGGGUGGGGUAUCAAUACUAUCAUUAUUAAUUGUUGUUGUUAUUAUUAUUAUUAUUAUUAUUAUUAUUAUUAUUAUUAUUAUUAUUAUUAUUUUAUUAUACUGCAACCGAACAUGGAGGUUCCAUUUACCCAUGGUUACUAAUAGCCAUUACUAAGGAGAGUCUUAAGCAAGUUUGUGUCGGUGGGGCCAAGAGGUGGCCUUUCUUUUUCUUUUCUUUUAUUCAGCAAUGUAUUCAUUUAUUUCUAAUAGUAAUUAAUAUUUUUAAUAAGCUUUAUUUGCACAAUAAAAGCUACACAUACUGAAACACAUUAAAGAAAGAAAAGAAAAAUAGCAAUAAUUAAAAAAGAAAGAAAAAAUAAGAACAUUCAACGAAAAAUCUUAUCAGAAACAUACAUUAGUUUAAAGGAUACCAUCCGUCGUCAACAUUAUUAUAAACACAUAUUUCCAGUGAGAUGGGUGGGGUAUCAAUAUUAUUAUUAUUAUUAUUAUUAUUAUUAUACUGCCACCGAACAUGGAGGUUCCAUUUACCCAUUUUUACUAAUAGCCAUUAGCAAGGAGAGUCUUAAGGGAGUUUGUGUCAGUGGGGCAGAGAGGUCGCUUUUCUGUUGGCUCUGGGUUGAACCAUAGCCAUUCACAUGCAAAGCUCUGUGUGCUCCCACUGUAAUGCUGUGACGACAAAAGGUUUCUCGUGCCAUCCCUGAAAAAGCAUUCCUUAACAAACAAACAGAAAACCCAAAUGCGCUCUUCUGCGUGCACACUUCAUAGCAUCAGCACUGCAUUUCGUAACACAUUGAGAAUGAUUAUUCAUUACUGUUGUUGCAGCCUCUCAGAACAACCAGCCCUCACCCAGUUACGCCGCUGCCUCGUUGCAAACCAGCGUGUCCAGUUCCCCCGAUCCUUCGCCAUCAGCCGCCGAAAAACCCACCACCAAAGCCUCUCCCAAGGUUAAAAGCUGAUUUCUGGGUGAAUAGGUUGGGUGCCAAACUUUAUCCUUGCGUGUUAGCCUAAAGUAGGGCUGCCGGUUGUUCCUUUAUUGUUUUAAUUAACUAUGCUCUGAUUAAUAGUUCUAUAGUACUUUUGUGUGUUCAAACUGCUUCAUGUUCAUUAUCUAAUUGUAAUCUUUACAGCAAUCCUUUAAAGCAGAUGUGGGGAAUAUGUGACCCUCCAAAUGUUUGUCAGACUACAGCUUCCCUCAGCUUCAGCCAACAUGGUUGGAUGAUGGGAGCUGAAGUUCAGGAACAUGAGGUGGGCAACUGGCUCCCCAUUCCUGCUUUAAGGAAAACUGAUAUUAUUAUUAUCCCCUACACAGCAGUUGAGACACUAAGACUUAAGGCUAAGAGCUGUGUACAGACCCUCCAAGAGGGUUUUUUAAUUCUCCUUCACGAUUCCAAUUUUCCCCAUUUUUAAAAAUGAUAAUGUUUUAAAAACUUAUUACUGUCUGCUCCCAUAGAUUGCUUAUUGUGAUGCCAAAAAGAUUUUUUGUUUUAUUUUUGCGUACCCUCAAAUUUAUCCAUCAAAAAUCAAUAUUCUUUUCACUAGCAUCUCCUGCAUGUCCCCAGCUGUGAUUCUGUGAUGCCAGAAGUUUUUUUAUGACCCCAUUUUAAGACCGCCAAUAUGUGUGCUUGGAUGGAGGAUUAGCCAAGCUCACUUUUACACGUUGCCCUGUUGCCAGAUGGUUUGCCAUGGGUGGGUCAGUGCAGCCAUCUGUCUGAAAAUGCUUAGCUACUCCUGGCUGUACUUUUAAAUAAAUAAGGUAUUCUUCAUUGUAUCAAAUAGUAGAUUUCAACGGAAGUCUCACAAAGUUCAACGAAAAAAGCAGAAGACCCAGUGGAACUGUAACAACCCUUCAUGUGGAUUAUUGGACUCUAUGAACAGACAGGUGGAAUAGACACUUAUAGACGUGUGGACCUUAUGCAUGAACAGACUAGAGAAUGAACUGAUCCACUGGGUCUUCUGCUUUUUUCGUUGAACUUUAUGAGACUUCCGUUGAAAUCUACUAUUUGAUACAAUGAAGUAUACCUUAUUUAUUUAAAAGUACAGCCGAUUACGUCUUGUGUGUUUAUUGGGUAUGUUUCACAUAACCAUAGGUUUGUUGUUUUGCUAAUGUAGUUUAAAAACAAACAAACCAGGAGCAAGUCAACCCCUGAAGUAUACAAAUCUUUACUAUAGGUUUGUCCCAUCCCGUGAUCCACUGCAUUUCCUCUCUAUAUGGUUGUUAAACUACUCCUCUCAUCAUCCCUGGCCACUGGUCAUGCUGCCUGAGGUUAAUGGGAGUUGCGAGCCCAACAACAUGUGGAAAGCCACAAGUUGCCUUCUUACACCAUGAGUAAGUCCCUGUGGCCUCUGGGCGUCUUACCUUUUAGUAGGCCUGCAUAGUUUUGCACUGCAUGUUUCCUUCUGCUCACAGGAGCCCACGCCGGUCAAGAGGAAGUUUGAAUUCAGCAAGGAAAAUUCUGGUCUCUCAUCUGCAGCCAAUAAACCCCACCCCGAUACUCCCCGCCCUCCACAACCAGCCUCCAAGAAACUCAAAGGUGUGUAUGCGGGGGCUGCAUUUUGAAAAUGGGCCUUGGGAGUCCUCUCGUACACUGGGAGAAAUUGGGGGCUAAACGUGGGUUUACUGUAAGUUACUUGCAUUGAUAAGUAACUUUGCAGUGCAGAUCUUAACACAUUUACUCAGCAGUUAAAUCCUUCCAUAUUGCUUCUUAUUAAGUGUCCAUGGGGUUGCAUCCUGAGUCUUUAAUAUGCCCAUGCUCGUUCUUAGUGGUAGCAUUCCAGCUAUGGAAUUCCCUCCCUACAGAAAUCAGAUAGUCUGCCUUUUUAACUGCAUUCUUGAGAAAUGUUAAGGAUUUUUCUAUUUGUCCAGGCUUUUGGAAGAUAGUUCUCUCAAGAUUUUACAUGGCUGGUCCCUGACAACCACACACCUUGAGGGCACAUUGACCUCUGCAGAUGAUUUUGAUACUACGGAAGAGACUGAAGUUCUUAACUGCUGGAAGUCCCUUUUUGUUCCCCACCCCCUCCCAAAUGCUUUUUUGACAUCCAGCAAUACAAGCUGUUGCCCGUAUGCUUUCACAGCCAUAAGGAUUAGAAACUUAGUUCUUUAAAAAAAAGAAUGUUGAGAUAGCAGGAUGUCAUAUGCUGCUCCUAGUUCAAUAUUCCAUGCAGAAUCACCCACUUCCAGCAACUAUUUGCACAGGGAUUAGGACACAGCUUGUUCAGCAUCACAUUUUGAUUGAUUCGUACGGAAGAAUAGCUACAGAUCUGUGCAUCCCCUCCUCCUCCUCCUAAAUGACUUUGAUUUGCUCUUUUUCCCCCUUUACCAGCCUCUCCUUCAGCACUACCUUCCCCAAAGACGCCACCUUCCAAAAAGCCUCUGCAAACUCAGUCUUCAGAGGGGACAGCAAACGUGUCUUUCCAGCGUCUCCUGCAGGGAACUGUGUUCGUGUUGAGCGGCUUCCAGAAUCCAUUCCGCUCUGAGCUGCGGGACAAAGCCCUAGAGAUGGGUGCAAAGUACCGACCAGACUGGACCCCUGACAGCACUCACCUCAUGUAGGUGUCCUGCAAACCACUGGAUCUCCCUGUGACUUCUAAAACUUUGUUUCUCUCUACCCCAACCCCUAGAUUUUUAAGACUGUACAGUCCUGAAGGCUUCAACCAGUCAUUAGUUUAUAUCUUGUCGACUUGCUGCUUUACCAGAAACAUAACAAGUCUUUGGUACGAGAAGUACAUAAAAACAUGCAACUGCUUCUUUCCCUGCACCUCAUCUCCCCCAAAAAGAUCAGAUUUUGCCAGGUCUUGGAAAUGGGGUAGCAUUAGAGAGUUCCCCUGCUGUUGCUGCUGCUUAUAAUUCUCACAGGCUGUCGCCUUUUUUAAUAUAGCCUACAAAAGGAAGCUUAGGGAUCUUACCAUAAAAAUGCAAUAGCAACAAGCUAAACAAUUUGCAAAUCAGCAUUGCACAUGUGAUUUUUAACACAGACCCAUUAAAAUAAGUAGCACAAUAAUAUUAAUCCCAGAUUUUUUUUUAUAAAAGUAUUACUCUACCUUCUGUGCACAUGAUAAAGAUGCUAGACAGCAGCCUUCAUCAACCUGGUAACCUAUAUGUUUUUUACUACAACUCCCAUCAGCCUCCAGGCCUCACAGCCAUGGCUGGGAGUGAUGGGAGUUGCUGUCCAACACAUCUCCAGGCAUCAGGUUAAUGCUGGCUGCUAUAGGCAGUUGCAGGGUAGCUCCAGUAAACUAGGGCUGCUAACCAACAGGGAACUAUGUAAAUGUACAGCCUGAUCCUGUGCAGGUCUGCUCAAGGGUUAAAGUUGCAGCUGAGUGCAUUAGAACUAAUUCCAAUUUCCACCACAACGAUCUGCCUUUUGAAGUGACCAAUUUAUAAUGGUUGUGCUUUCUGCCAGCUCUUCUGCUUUUAGCGCUGGUUAGUAGAGAGAAACAUGUUGCUAUGCCCUGAGUGCCCUGCUGUGCUCUCUCCCCUUCCAGCUGUGCCUUUGCCAACACGCCCAAGUACAGCCAAGUGAAAGGGCUCGGGGGCACGAUUGUGCGCAAGGAGUGGAUCCUGGACUGUUACCGCACAAAGCGGUGCCUUCCCUGCAAGCGGUGAGUUGGCGGGUGGGGGCUGAGCCUAAAGGGCCACUCUGUCAAGGAUCCUUGCAGCAUUGCAGAGAUGGGGAACCUGUGGUGGUAAAACUCGAGUCUCCUGUCAUCCACUGGUAGCUGCGGCUGAUGGGAUUUGGAGUCCAAAAAAAUCGAGAGAGUCUCCCUCUCCCCACUGCAUUGGGAUGGGAGGUUUGGUUUCAGCUACAUCUGGGUUUGCAACGGGUGUGUUCCUUUUGCCAGCUACCUGAUGGUAAGCCCAGAAUCUUCCAGCAGUGAGAAGGAGGAGGAGAGCGACGAAGACACCCCUGCCCGACACCACAAACCCCUUGCACAUCCGCAGGUAAUAGAGCACCUCAGUUCAUAUGGAGUAGGCACAGCUCUGGCAGACUUCUUUUGUCCUGAGAGGAGUUGCUAGCACCCCACUGGCACUAAUAGAUCAGGGCUGUAUGUCUGCACACACAUUCUGAUUGAAAAGUAGGGUUCUUCCUAUAAGGUUCUUCCAAUGAAAGGGGGUAAAAUCAAGCCCUGUGUUUACUUCUCAUUGUGUAAUUUACACAGAAAAAAACCUACUACAUUGCCAUCUGCCUAGGAUAUUACCUGCAUGGUAGUAAACAGUAUCCUGAUAUUUGAGCCACUUUACAUUUACAAUUUUCUAUCUGCAUCAGACAAAAAAUAUAUCCCCAGAAGUCUCCCGGUUUUUUGCCUUUAGCAGGGUUUUUUGUGUGUGUGUCCCUGCCAGUGUUAACAUACUGGGGAGAGGGGGGAUGACACGUUAUGUGGUUUUUGAAACAAAACUGAACUGUGGCACUGCUUUAGAGAAUAAAACUUGCCCCCCCCCAAAGUGUGGUGUUGGUUACUUUGAGUUGAAGCAGGUCAGUUGUUUCUGUUGUUCAAAAAGGUUUUUAAAUUAACUGAGAAGACAAUGUUCCCUGGUUAACUGGGCAAUGCAUUUAAAAUUCUCUGUGCUGUAUACCUUUUUAAUAAAGGAUAAGAUUGCAGGUGCCAUUUUAGAGGCAUCCUCUCCUUCAUGAGAUUGAAGGGGAGAACUGCUCUGACGUGAGCACUGCUUUUAUUUGACAGAGAGCUGACGUGCCCAGCUCCAACCACAAGCCCAAGACCCUUGCCAGCCCCAAAGCUGUACCCAGGGCACCGAAGAGGGCAUCCUCUGAAGAAGAGGAGGAGCCCACUACCUCUCGGAGCAGUGGCAUCCAUAACAACUCGCAGGCCCAGGCAGCUGACUCUGGAGCAUCCAGCAGCGACGAGGAUCCUAGAGGUAGGUCUGAGAAGCCCUGGUUCUACCUGCAUGUUGGAGCAAGAGAGCUCACUUUCAGACUCCCCCUCCUGCUUCAUCUUCCUGUAAGAACCACCUUACAGGGUCAGACUAAAGGUCCUUCCCGUUGAGCAUCCUAUUUCCACCAGCAGCCAGAGAGGUGCCUCUUGGAAAGCUCACAAAUGGGGCACAACUGUGAUGGCCACCCUCCCCCCCCCCCUGCAUUUUUUGCACCCCUGGGUAAUGAAAUCCAUGAAAUGAUUAUGAUUAAAGGAGCAAUCUUGAACCUUCUGCUUAUCAGUUCCACUACAUGAAGCUCAAGUUACUAGGCAGUUUUAUAAACCAUUUUUAUCUGUGUAUACCAGGCCCGAUUCAAGGUGCUGACUUGAGCAUAUAAAUCCCUCAUUACUUUGGGCCCAGACAGCUGAAGGGCCGUCUCUUCCCAUAUCUGCCAAACUGAGCCCAACACACUGCAAGGCAAUGCAGGGACAUUUAGUUGUUCCAUCCAGGGAUCAAACCGCAACCUAGGCAUUAGCAGCACCAACUGAGCUAUCUAAGCUGUGGGUCUUCUCUCUGGACCCCAGCAGCCCUUUUGAGUGUUCCCUUCCUGAGCCACCAAGCCUCUUGAUUCUUUGCUUCCCAUUGCCACUUGCUCACCUGUCUUUCAGGUUUUUGUGCAAUGCUGUUAAGAAACUCCAUAUCUCUGGCAGCUACGAAGGAGCUUGAAGGAGCAGGCAGUGGGCAUUAAUCUGCCCAUUCAAAUGUAAUGGCAUAGUAAUGGCCCUUUGUAUUAAUUUUCUCUCUCCUUUUCUACCCCCCUCCCCACCUCAGGUGCUCGAGACAAUGGAGAUGAGGGCUCUGGUGACACCGACGAUGAGCUGAGGAGGUUGGUCAAGUGAAUGGUUCUUUUGUAAGCCGUGCACUCAGGGAUGGAAGAAGGAUUUUGUGUUUUCAAGGGGCUGGAAUAGUGGCUGGGUACCUAUGAUACCAGCAGGUAAGCAAAUAUAGGAGAAGAUGGUUAGAGAUUGGUGGAACAGGACUUGAAGCUGUGGUGUAAAGGGGAGAGGCCCUACCCCAUCAGUGGAAGUCCUUUGCGCAGAUGUUCCCUGGUUUCUAAGCCUUCAGUUGUAAUAGCCAAUGUGCACUUUUGUCCUUGAGGACUAGAAGCGUGACGCUGAUUGUAGGGUGGGGAUAUCAGGUCCUUUGUGCCAACAUACUCCCAUUUCCUCAUGGCUUUAGAGUGGAAGAGGAGCACCGCAAAAAGCAACAAGGAGGGCGGAGGGUGGUCCCGGAGCCAGAUGACGAUCCGUACGGCGGCUCCACAGAUGAGAAUACGGAUGUUGAAGAAAAAGAGGAGCCAGAUCAGCCCAUCCCAGAGCUACCAGGUAUGUCAGGACUGUGAGCUUAGAUCUGAUCAGUCAGCUAAAGCUUUUCUUGUUUUAACCCACAGGGAUGAAUUACUCAGUGGGGCUGAGAGUGAAAGACUCGAUCAUCUUGUGCAGCUAUUUUGUUUCCUAUUUAUGCAGUGCAUAGUUAAAACUUUGGAACUCACUGCCACAGGAGGCCACCAGCUUGGAUGGCUUUAAAAAGAAUUGGACCAAUUUGUGGAGGAGAAGACUAUCAGUGGCCACUAACCCCAGUCAAAGGCAGGAAUGCUUCUGAAUACUAGUUGCUAGAAACUACAAGAGGGGAGUGUUUUCCCACGCUUUGGUCCUGUGCUUUGUGGGUUUCCCACAGGCAUCUGGGCAGCACACUUUGAGAACAGGAUGCUUGACUUACCCUGAUCCAGCAGGGCUCUUCUUACACUUUUGAGUAUUCCUAUAAAAGGAAGUUAAGAAGAAAAUAUUAAAGAUUACCUUUUCUUUUCACCAGAGUGGUAGCUUUUUAAAGCUGUGGAUUAUCCCCGCCAGUAUCUCUGAGAUAUAUUGAGACUUAUUUAGUGCAAAUUAUUUAAUGAUAAGUUUUUUAGUAGCAGCCCCAGCUUUCUCCCUUCUCCGCUAAGGAGGCCUCAUGACUUCUAAAGGCAAGGAGAGACUGGAAAAAUGAAGUCAGGAGAUGAGAUGUAACCAUGCUGUUUCUUCCCUUGCUGGUAUAGAUGAGACUAGGACCUGAGAGUUCCUGGUUUGCAUCCAAUGUUAGUAUACUCAGAGUAGACCCAUUGAAAUCAAUUAAUUAGAUGCAACCCUAACUUCAGAGAUACGUGGAAUAAAAAUAGGAGUGAAAGAAUACAAAUUGAAAGCUUAUGCUGACGACCUUAUGUUGUCUUUGGAGGAUCCAGAAGAGAGUGUCAGUAAGGUGUUAGAUCUGUUAGAAGAAUUCGGAAAACUAUCCGGUUUUAAACUAAACAGAACAAAAACUAAAAUGUUGAUUAAAAAUGUAGAAGAGAAGGUAAAAAAUCACCUUGAAUCUCAGACUGGAAUUAAAGUAACCAAAAAAGUAAAAUACCUUGGAAUCUGGUUAACGACAAAGAACAUUAAUUUGAUGGAAGACAAUUAUACAACCGCAUGGAAAGAAAUAAGGAAGGACUUAGAUACCUGGAAUAGAAUAAAGCUAUCCUGGUCGGGGAGAAUGGCGGCAAUAAAAAUGAGUCUAUUACCGAAACUGCUAUUCUUAUUUCAGAAUAUACCAAUAAUCAGGGAACAUCAAUAUUCAAGGGCUGGCAGAAAAUACUUUCUAAAUUCAUCUGGCAAGGAAAAAGGCCGAGAAUCAGAUUCAAAUUACUCACAGACCAAAGAGAUAGAGGAGGAUUCGCAGUCCCAAAUUUAAAGUUAUAUUAUGAAGCCUCAUGCCUCUGUUGGGUCAAGGAUUGGAUUAUUAUAAAAAUAAAGAUCUGCUAGAUUUAGAAGGAUUUGAUUUAAGAUUCGGUUGGCACGCUUACCUAUGGCGUAAUAAGGGAAAGAUCCAUAAAGGAUUUUCUAACCAUAUCUUCAGAGGGCCAUUACUGGAGGUGUGGGAAAGAAAUAAAAAUUAUUGGAACAGAAUACCCCUUGGUGGCUUUCGCCAAUCGAUAUCCUGACAAUAAAAAAACAAAUAUCGAAGGAGAAAGAUGGACCUACGAAGAUUUAUUAGUAAAAACAGAGACCGGUUGGAGGAUUAGGCCAUAUGAAGAAAUAAAGAACAAAUUGACAGGUUGGAUCCAAUUUCAUCAAAUCAACUCUAUCUGGACCGAGGAUAAAAAAAUGGGAUAAGUGAGAAAAAAUCUAGAUUCCAGAUUGAAAUAUUAGAAAGUAAAACAAAACUCCUAUCGAAAAUGUAUAGCCUGUUGCUCGAAUGGGACACCAAAGAUGAAGAAGUAAAGGAGGUAAUGGUGAGAUGGGCAAUGGACUUUGGGUAUAACAUAGAGUUUGAUAAAUGGCAGGCACUAUGGAAUAAAGGUAUGAGAUUCUCGGCAUGCACAACACUCAGGGAAAAUAUGUACAAAAUGAUGUACAGGUGGUACGUAACGCCCGUAAAACUGGGAAAAAUAUAUAAAACUGGUCAUAAAUUAUGCCGGAAGUGCAAGAUUAAGGAGGGCGAUUUUUAUCAUAUGUGGUGGUUGUGCGAGCCUAUUAGAAAAUUUUGGGAAUCUAUUUACAACGAACUAAAAAAAAUCUUUAAAUAUACCUUUAUAAAGAGACCUGAAGCCUUUUUGCUGGGGAUAAUUGGAGAGGAAAUCAAAAAAGGAAGAUCAAACACUCUUUCAGUACGCGACAGUGGCCGCCAGAACUCUAAUAGCGCAGAAUUGGAAGACACCAAGAAUCCCAACCAUAAAUGAAUGGCAAUCGAAACUACUCGACUAUCUAGAAUUGGCAAAAAUGACACAGAAAAUAAGAAAUCAAAAAGACACAAAGUUUAAUAAAGAUUGGAAUAAAUUCAUGGCAUACAUGGAAACAGAGGUAAAAAAAACUAAAAAACACAGUAGGUGCGAUAUAACACUUGUGAUGUAAAGAAUUUUUUUUGAGGAAAAGAAACUGCAGAUAGAAAAUUUUAUAACACAUUCCGAAACCGAGAUGAAGGGAAGUCAGUCAGUGUUGUGUGUUAAGUAGUUAAUGUAGUUAAUUUGUUGUUGUCUUAUGUCAGGAGUAUGUAUAUGUAUGUAUAUGUUUUUUUGGUGUGAAUGUGUUGUGUUUGUCUUUUUUGUUUGUAUGGUGUUAUAAAAUAAAAUUUAUAUUAAAAAAAAAGAAAAAAGAUGCAACCCUCUAGUCUUGAACUGCAUCAAUAGACACCAUGCUUGGAAAUUAUGUGGUUCAUUUAUGGGGCGAGUUUGGGGUUUCAAGUCUUCAUUCAUCUUCUUCUCUGUCUUUGCCAGAUUUAUUUGUGGGCAAACACUUCUUCCUUUAUGGCGAAUUCCCUUCUCAAGAGCGACGCCUCUUGAACCGGUACAUUGUGGCUUUUAACGGGUGAGUUUUGCUGCGGUGGCAUUGCAGUAGGUGCCUGCUGUGGCCCAAGUGGCGUGCUGAAUGCAUGCUGUCAUCAGAGGUAGCCCCCAAAAGAGUGUAAGCUGAGUUUAGCAGCCAAAUUUCGAAACACAAUUCCAUAUUUUUCUGUAAGGAUGCUUCUCUAGGAAGAGAGAAACCAGAAACUACGUAGAGUCUUGACUGUCCACUCCUUCAUGCCUAACAUGCUUUGAAUAUAUCAUACUCAUUUUGUCAGGGCUGGCUAAAUUUUAAAAAGCACAAUUCCAACAAUAUACUGUAACAUUUAGCACAGUAUACUUGCAUACAAACUUAUCGACCCAUUUAAAAAUACUGCUCAGAGUAGACCCAUUGAAAUUAAGUUAGUCAUAUCCAUUAAUUUCUGUGGGUCUGGAUACAAUCUACCUCUUUCCUUUUCCUUUUUUGGUGAGAGGAUGCCCAUGAGAUGUCAGAUUUAGAACAAACCUUGGCUACAGCUUGCGGCUAAUUGAGGGAGAGUUUAGCCACAAGUCCUGGUUCAGAGGCCAUGCUAAGCCAAACCUUGCCUAGUUUGGUGUGGCAGCAAAGGUGACCUGGGAGAAGGAGCCAAGUGGGUGCAAGGUCCUCCCUAGGAACCCAUAUGUUCAAGUUUGGCUUAGUACAACCUUUGCCAACCUGGCACCCCCCCCUCCCAGAGGUUUUGGACCACAACUCCCAUCAGCCCCAGCCAACUCACCAAAACAUCUGGAGGGUGAGCCAGCUUGGCUUAGUAUGUCAUGCGAACCAGCCAUUUGUGCCAAUUCUGCAAUCUCAAGUGUAUUUCAAGAUCACUUCUUUCUGCUCUUAGGGGAGGAGGAAAAGGUGGCUGUAAAUUAUUGUGAGGGGAAUGCUUCUCUUCUGCUUGCAGGCAAGUGGAGGACUAUAUGAAUGAGCGAGUGAAUUAUGUGAUCACAGCUCAAGAGUGGGACGACACGUUUGAGGAGGUGAGCUCAUCCUGCCAGCUGUGUAGGACUGCACUGGUCUAGCCCCAUCCUCUGUAAGCCAUGACACUCUUUUCAGAUGGCCCCGUAGAUAACGGAUGGAGAUAAACACAGGAGGCCAGUUCCAAAGGCAACUGUGGCAGAAACAGAUGGUUGUAGUAGCACUUUUUAGCAUUUUAUGCUUUCGAAAUGCUUCAAGAGCUUUUCAGCAUCCUUGCAAUGACCCAGUAACAUGUUUAAUGUUACAUUGCUGUAGAAGUGGGGGAUGAGGUUGAAGAAUAAUACUUCUUGUUGAUGUUUGUUGUUGUUGUUUUAAUCUUUCUUAUACCCUGCCCAUCUGUGACUAGCCCUAAGUAACCAGCAAGCUCUGUGCUUCAGUAGGGAAUUAGUGUCAGACAAGAGUGGGGAAACCUGGUUCUAACCACAGCACCCCGCUGUCUCUCGCUUUGUGACCAAGAUAAAAUGUGAACCGGGGCAACCUCAUUGAAAUACUUGUGCUAGCCCACAACAGGUAGGCACUGCAUCAGGAUGGACUGGCUCCGCCUUUUGGGGUGGGGCCAGGGUCUUCCAAGUGCCAGCGUUUUCUCCUUUCUGUUGCAGGCUCUGAACGAGAAUGCCAACCUCUCCUUCGUGCGCCCCCGCUGGAUCUACAACUGCAACCAGCGGCAGAAGCUGAUCCCCCACCAGCCCUAUGUUGUGGUACCACGAGUGUAGGCCAGCCUCCUCCCUGCAGGCACGUCCCUGUGGGUCCUGUAUACUCCCUCUGGAGCAAACAGCUCUCCUUCCCCUUGGGGCCACUUGACACCAUGCUCUCUCUCACUCGUUUUCCACUGGGACGUUCCUUCCUCUCAAGGGCCUUGUCCAGCAGCCUCUACACUCACACAGACGCAGCUGGGAUUUUGAGGGCCUUUUUUUCUACUAUUGCUUGCUCCAGCAGUAGCUACCCCAUCUCACAUGGGACACGAUUUCAUUUUCAGAAAUAACUCGAGCUGCUCUGGAGAAAUCAGUGUAGAAAGCCUCCAUGGUGCACAGUGGCAGUGGUGAGCUGCUCUGGAUUGGGGCUAGUGUCAACUCUCUCAAGGGCUUAAUAAGUGGAGUGGGAACUUAGUUUGGACUAAUAAGGGGCGAGGGUGCAACUGGGAAAGCAAGAUGCAUCCUCCAAACAAUCCUUUUAUUUUUGGGACCCUCUCCUGACCCUGGUUCUCAUUUCAUUCUUUUUCUUUCUCUCUUUUUCCCUCCCCCCCCCCAUCACUUCCUAGGAGGCUCUGUGUGUUCUUGCCAGUCAGUUAACUUUACUCUAUCUCUCUUAUCUUUAUAUGUAUAUAGCUGAGGACACUGGCCAUUUCAAGGUGGAUAUUCUGACACAAACGUUGUCCUUAGAACGGAGGCACCUGUCCCUCUAUUCAAGCUCUGCCUUGCUCCCAGUUUUACAGGAGUUGAUGUUUGCCUCCUGCUCCUUGACCCCUUUUCAUUUUGUGACUAAGGCCACCCCAUCACAAGCUUCCAUUUUUUGCAGAAGAAAUUUGUUCCUCCAUCUGCAGAUUCAGCAAACCUGAGCGUAUGAACAAUCAGUGGUAUGCUGGCCUGACCAUGGGGCAAAUCCAAGCCCGUUUUUAGAAUUCAGGAAUUAACCACUCACAAGUGUGCAUUACCAUGUUGGUUGACAUUCUGCUCACCUGCAUUUCUACGACCACCUCUGGAAAAUCAUGUUCAAAUGAGGCCCGCAGUGUAAUAUCCAGUCCCUGAGUUCACAUUCCUUUUUAAGCUCAGUGUACUUGCGCUGUCUUACACAGCUCCGUUAUAAGCAUGUGGUAUUUGGAGUAGACGCCCUACAGUGACCGAGCAUAGAAUCCUAAGUGGCAUGCUUGGCCCAGGUACAGAGAUGUUUUAAUGCUAAGCGUUCUCACACACAACCGCUUUAAACAGUGUUCAGGGUUGCUAUUGGGAAAACCUAUGACUGUUAAAAUCAUACUAAGUUUUAUAUUGCAGCUCUUAUGGCCCAAGCCUCAGAUUUCUCCUAUAGGAAGCAAAAAAAGCAGCUGGAGUUAAUUGUCUUAUGAUUUGAUUCAUUUCAGCAGGGUGUUGUCAGUUCCACUCUUUACUUUUUACCCUGGGCAAAGAACUCUUUUCAGAUUUCGCUGGAAGGGAAACAGCAGAAAAACCCACCCUUUAGUUCAGCUUCCCAGUGAGCUUUUUUUUCGGGGGGGGGAGUGGUGUUCAGCCCCAGACCCCCCAAAAUUGCAUGUUCCUUCCUGCUUUUCCCUGGCUGUGAACUGGACUGAGAGGCCUUGAAUAAUCUACCUCGUUUUUACAGCCCAUCUCUUCCCCCACAUCAUUGGUGCUGCCCUCAGCGCUGGGGAUCAAGCCAGCAACUCUUCUCUGUCCUGACGUUCAUGGAUAAACUACAGUAAAUAAGCCGAUUGCUCACAGGAGCUUCCCAGCUUCAGGAAAGGGCUGCAAAUGGCCCAUUUCUAUGGACUCUACUCUUUGGCCCCAGUAUAUAUAACAUCUCCAAUACAGAGGUUCUCCACUUGAACCCUUAGCUUUGAUGCUUAAAUGGGAAGUCAGCUACCACCUUCCAUUUUCCUCUAGCUCCUACUAUGUGGAAGCCCAGAGAUCACAGGCGUGGGUAAGAAGUAAGCAGAAGCCUACCAAUGAGGUGCUUCAAUCAGCACGACCAACGGAUAGUAUUGAUAGGAGCUAUAUCAAAAAAGAUGGCAGUACCAUGUUGGCCUCCUGUUUACUCCAAUGCCUCUUUGGCGGGGAGGAUUAGCUUGUCCCCAGGUAGGGGGCAUUACAGUGUUAGCCAGAAAUUGUUGAAAAGCAUGGGAUGCUCUGGAGUGUUUGUUCAGCUAUGAUUCCCAAGAAGCUGGUGAUGGCUUUCAGGUGACAGUAAAGGGCAAUGGUGUUUUUUAAAUAAGCUAUCUUGACUACUCACCAGAGGGGAACUAGCUUUGGGAGUGCAAUGAGAAUUCACACACACCCCUUCUAAAAUCUGCCACGUUCAGGGUUGCUAUGGGGGUGGGGGAGGCGUAGCAUUUAAACUGUAUCAAGUUUGCAUCACAGCUCACAUGUCCCAAGAUUAAGGGCUUCUUGGUUUUUAAAAAUGAAUUAUACCUAUGGUUCAUUGCAGUUUGCAUGUUCCAAAAGUUGUGACGAAUCUCCUCCAGGGAUGUAUUCAUGUCUUCUUUCCCCCUCCAAUCUGGUUUGUUGUGGGGUUUUUUUUUUAAUAAAAAAUAAAUGAAAUGAAAAUAAAAUCU